GGGUGGAGGGCGGGGAGGAACUCACAGCAAGCAAGGAUGGCAGCAAAGCAAAAAGGGAUCAAGCCUUAGACAGCUCCACACCAGGGCCAGGGAUUGUCCUGUCUGGAGGGGCUGACACGUGGGGCUGUAUGUCAUUUUCACCCCCCUCCCCAGCCUCCCUGUACCCCCCCAAACCUCUCUACCAUUGCCUCUGUCUGACAGAUCUCCUGCAUCUAAACUGGGUUCCUCUGCAAAUGCAAGAAGCAGCAGCGCAGUCAAUCAGAAACCCUCCACCCAAGUGUGAAGUUUUUGGAAGGAUCAGAGUUGAAUUGAAACCUGGCUACUUGCUGACCUGUUGCUGAACAGAAUGCAAAGCGCUUCCUAGAAAGUCUCUCACUAUCAUCUAUUCUAUAAAUCAGAUGUAAUUUGUGGAUCCUGGUUGCCUUGACACCUUCAAAUCUAGUAACCUAAGUGACUUGGUUUACCAUCCUGGUGAUAUCAGAAGGUCGAAAUUCAUGAGUUCGCCUAGCCUCAGUGACCUGGGCAAGAGAGAACAGGCAGCCUUGGAAGAGCGAGGGACGCAACAAAAGCGAGCUGGGUCCAACGCCACUUGGAACAGCAUCCAGAAUGGAGUCAUUUCUGUCUUCCAGAAGAAGGGACUGCAGGAUCAUGAACUCUACAAUCUGAAUGAAGGAGUCCGGCAGCUGUUGAAAACCGAACUUGGCUCUUUUUUCACAGAAUACCUUCAGAACCAGCUUCUUACUAAGGGGAUGGUGAUCCUGCGAGACAAGAUACGUUUUUAUGAAGGACAGAAACUACUUGAUUCCUUAGCAGAAACCUGGGAUUUCUUCUUUAGCGAUGUUUUGCCAAUGUUACAGGCCAUCUUCUACCCUGUCCAGGGGAAGGAGCCCACCAUCCGACAGCUGGCUUUGCUGCACUUCAGAAAUAUAAUAACCCUAAAUCUAAAACUAGAUGAUGCCUUAUCCCGCCCGCGAGCUCGAGUACCUCCCUCCAUCAUUCAGAUGCUGCUAAUACUUCAAGGUGUCCAUGAGUCUAAGGGUGUGACGGAGGAAUAUCUCAACCUGGAAUCGAUCAUUCAGAAGGUGGUCUCUCCAUACCUUGGUACAUAUGGGUUGUACUCUAGUGAUGCUACAUUCACACAUGCCUCCUGUAUCUUGGAGAAACGCAUGUUCAGACGUUGUCCCAAGUCUGGUGAGAUGGUCACCAAGAAUCCAGUGGUGAGAUCCAAGAGCUACAACAAUCCAUUACUGACCCCUGUAGCAGAGUAUGAAAUGGAAAACCUUGCAGUCAAUGGGACUGGAAUCAGAAGACACUCGGUAUCUGAGAUGACCUCACUUCUAGAGAUCCAGGGAUACUCCAAUCUAACAACCAUCCUGGAUUCCAGCUCCAAACUCUCAAUGUCCACCACUAAACCACAAGCUACGGGGGAGUUGGAGCACCCUACCAUGGGCAAUGGACAGUUUCCACCAAUGCAUAACAACAAUGAACCUCAACAAGGACUUUUCCACACCUCAGGCUCCAGGGAGGAUAUGUCCAGAGACUCAACUUUGAUCCCUGCCCCAUCUUCCAGUCCAGAGACAAUUGUUGAUCAGAUCUUAGAAUCCAUAGACUCUGACUCUGAAGGAAUUUUCAUUGAUUUCGGAAGAGGUUGUGCCAAAUCUUCAGGCUAUACCAUGGAUGUUGGACGGCAAAGUCUUGUAUAAUAAUCUUCUUCUACAUUUUUGUUUUUAUUUUAUUUUUAAUUUGGGUUUAUUAUGGGUUCGAGAUUUCUAUCAACCUCAUGUCCAUUGAUUUCUGUAUUUUCUGGCUUCCAAUUAAAUGUAAAAUGAAGUUCUGGUUUAGUUAUGCUCCAUGAAUGUCCCUCAGGAUGCAAAAUGAAGAGUAGAUCUCCCUCUGGCAGACUAGGCAAGGAUGCCUGUUACAUCUAUGACAAGACCGACAGUGGUCAGCUGGUCACCAGGCCAGCCCCUCUAAAAACUCAAUGCAGUGUAGUAACUGUAUAUACAUAGUUUAAUUGUAUAAAUCAGUUCUGGAGCCAUGUUUUUCUAUUCUUGUAGCUCUUCCUUAUUGUGUUCUGCAUAGUUUUUGAUUCACAGUGGUCAGUAGCUAUUUGACUCCAGUCUGGGUGACCACCAUUUGAAUACAUGUAGCAAUAUGUACUGAAAUGGUCAGUUAUCUACCAUAUAAUAGACUUCCUCUUUGUGUCGGUAACUGAAUCAGACGAUUGUACCUGAAGCUGUGUGGUGUCAGGAUACGUAACCAUUAAGAAAACAGGAAGCCACAAGACCAAGAAUAUUUUCAGUUAUAUACUUGUAAAGAGUUUGGAGAAUGGAAAACUGGCUUAGAUGCCCAUAGCAACCAUUCAGAUCUCACCUUUUAUUUUUCAGAGCUCCUUUGGAAAAUGAAAUGUGGAAUCUAAUUGGUUGAUAUGAGCGACUAAGCCAGUUUUCAUUUCCACCAGCUUUGAUAACUCUCCCCCGUAGUGUAGGGAAUGGACAUAGACAACAAGCGGUUGAAAUCUUUGAUGUCUCGGUCUUGAGAAUUUUAAUAAAACGUAAUUACCAAAGUAAUUUUCACCAAAUACACAUGUAUUUCACUUAAGGGGGACCAGUCACCAUCUUUGCUUGUUUUAGUAAAAAAUUGUAUUCUCCAUGCAAUACUGAUUUUAGGGCAUCUUUUCACACAACCAUAUUUAUUGCUACUAGAAGUUUACUGAGGAAUCUGAAACUGGGUGUUACCAGUUAGGGAUGCGUUCCUGCACAUGCACUGAUCAGUGCUGGCAGUGUCCAACUGUGCAUGGACACCCCCCCCCCCCCCCCAAAUGGUAUCACCUAAUUGCAGAUUUAAUAAAUAAAAAAACUUGUAGUACCAAAAACUGAAGAAAAGAAUAACAUACAGGUAUGUGAAAAGAGGUUCCAUAAUCCCUAUUGCAUGGGGAACACAAGUAGUUCCUAAAACAGACAUUUGAGGAAAGGUGACAGUUCCUCUUAAAAACAAGCCCACAACGAUGUUCAUAGCCCUUAAGUAUGAGUGAAGAUUUACUCAGUAGACCAACUCUGAGGCAGGAAAAAAAUCCAAAAUUGUUUGUACCUAGCAGAAACCUGUCUGUAAUAUAAUAACCCCAUCUCACAGCAUAAAGCAUGGUUAACAUUGUGCUUCUGGUGUAUCAGAUGGAGACACUUCCAAAUUUUUGUAUGUACUCUGUAAAUAAAGACACAACACCAUAGGAAGAUUGA